AAUAACUGUUACUUUCCAGCUUUGUGUGUGACCAUUAUUGAGGCUAUGAGCAUUGAAUCCCAAUUAAUAAAAUCAGGUGGUGCGAUUCAAUUACUUUGACAAUCCAAAUAAGCGAAGGGAUCUCUCAUACCAAAGUCGGAGAAGGCGAAGCAAAAAAUAGAAGAAGCAUAUUAUAAACCCUAGUGGACACGAGAGAGAUCGAGAGAUCGAGAGAGAGAGAGCUUUUGUGUCUUCCAUUUGUAAGCCCUAGCUCUAAGAGAUACUACUACAAUAGGAUCGUGCGGGUCAAAAGGAGUAGCUACUGAGCCCGGCCGUAGAUUUGUCUCUGCUUCUGGUUGUUCCGGUGGAGACGCGGCGGUUCAGGCGGAGAUGAAGGGUCUUUUCAAAUCCAAGCCGCGGACACCGGGUGAUAUUGUUCGACAGACCCGCGAUCUCCUUCUCUACACCGAUCGAUCCGUCUCCUUCCCUGACCUUCGAGAGUCUAAACGCGAGGAAAAGCUGGUGGAACUAAGCAAGAGCUUACGAGAUUUGAAGCUAAUUCUCUAUGGAAACAGCGAGUCUGAGCCUGUAGCCGAAGCUUGUGCCCAGUUGACUCUGGAGUUCUUCAAGGGCGAUACUCUUCGCCGCUUGAUCACAUCUCUUCCCAAUAUGAACUUGGAGGCUAGGAAAGAUGCUACACAAGUUGUUGCAAAUCUUCAGAGGCAACAAGUCAAUUCACGUCUUAUUGCAGCUGAUUAUCUCGAAUCCAACCUUGAUCUCAUGGAUGUCCUAGUGGAAGGCUUCGAAAACACAGAUAUGGGGUUACACUAUGGUACUAUGUUUAGAGAGUGCAUCCGCCACCAGAUUGUUGCAAAAUAUGUUUUGGAUUCGCAGCACGUGAAGAAGUUUUUUUACUACAUACAGCUUCCCAAUUUCGAUAUUGCUGCUGAUGCUGCUGCAACUUUCAAGGAACUUCUUACGAGGCACAAGUCUACAGUUGCUGAGUUUCUCACUAAGAAUGAAGACUGGUUUUUCGCAGACUACAACUCAAAGCUUCUUGAGUCAAGUAAUUAUAUAACCAGGCGGCAGGCAAUUAAGUUGUUGGGGGAUAUAUUAUUGGAUCGGUCAAAUUCAGCGGUGAUGACGAAGUAUGUGAGAUCAAUGGAUAACUUGAGGAUUCUCAUGAAUCUUCUCAGAGAAUCAAGCAAGACCAUUCAGAUAGAAGCUUUCCAUGUUUUCAAGCUGUUUGUAGCAAACCAAAACAAGCCUUCAGACAUAAUCAACAUUCUGGUGGCAAACAGAACCAAGCUUCUGCGAUUGUUGGCUGAUUUCAAGCCGGACAAAGAGGACCCGAGGUUUGAAGCAGACAAAGCUCAGGUGGUGAGAGAGAUCGCAAGCCUUAAGCCGUGAGAUCUUGCUUGAGCGCACACAUGUACACAGAAGCUCAUACCUUCUGUUUAAUCUUUGAAAGGCAUUUUUGAAGCAUCAAAGAUUGAACUGUUUUUAAGUAUUAGGUAAUAUCUCCUCUGUCUUAAGCUACUAUUGACUGGUCUGGGUCUUUUCGAUUAUAUAAAUCCAAAUGUACACUUCCUUAGUGUCGAUAAAAUAAAAUGGCAUUAUUCUCUGUUCAGAAGGAAGAAAUAGAGGCAAAAGCCGCACAUCCUGAUAAAAAAAAAUCAUAAAAUAUGCAUAUGGGAACCCGACAAUAACCUAUUGUAAAUGGAUUGAUAAGCAUUAUAAACCAUAAAGAAAAUCACUCUCUAUGCACAAAGAUAAUAAAGAACCAAGUCUAAUGCUAAUCUUAAGCAUACUGAGACCGACCACCGUUGGUUGCUCCAUGCUGAGCCGUUUUAGAAGAUUCCUCAAGUUUCCUUCUCUUAAUGACCACAUACCAAGUGAAGGCUUCAAGCAGGGCGGCAACAAUGGCGAGAGCAACGAUGAUACCAAUGUAAGAAUUUCUCCACUGCUUCUUGGGACUCAAUAUGUCUAGCCCUUUGAACACGUUCACCACCCCUAGGAUGAUUACCGUAUAGCCUAUCGUGUGGUGGUAAAUGUUCCAGUACAACCUGUGCUUGUGCUCUGGUUUCGGCCUCAGAAACAUCGCAAACACCUGAACUGUUGCGAGAGAGAAGAGAGCGAUCCCGAUAGCACGAUGGGUGCUAAACUGAAUCCCCGGUGAGUCGCCACCGAGUUUGAGACCAGUGGCCCAUCCGGCCACGCCGAUGAUGUAAGCAGAAGCUUGGCAGAAAACGUGAAUGUAGAACCAAGCAGGAUCUGCUGAUUUGGCUACUCUCAAGUAGCGAGCAAUGAUUGCCCCUAUUGGCAUCAUUAUUCCCCAGCUCACUCCAUUCAAUAUUCCAUAAUAAACUCACGUUGCGUUUGCGGAGCUUGGAACUUCCUCCAGCUCCACCUGCAGCUGCAGAAACACCGGAGACCAGAUUGAGAGUGGACACGGAUCGGACAUUGUUGCCAGAGGUUGGAUGAGCCAGAGGACUGUUCCCAGACAUUGACCCAUCUUGCCACACAGUGUUGAUGGUUCCACCAUUACCAAGUUCCUUUGAAAGCAUCAGAGUUGCCAACACAACCAUCUCAUUGUUCUCAUAAGUUGCAGACAACCCAGAGACGUUGAAACUCAGAUCACCCUCCUGUAAACUUGUCUGGUAGCUUCUGAUAGGGGAAGUGUAAACUCUGACACUGCCGUCUGAUUGUGGAUAAGCAACGAUGGCUUGAGCGCCCACCAUUCCCGUAGACGUCGGGUUCACGGCCCAAGCAACCCAUUUGCCAGAGGUGACCUUGGUGUGGCGAUAAGCGAUGUGGAGGCUCCCGGUGGAAGAAUCGUAAGUGUAGUGCAGGAAAGAAUCAAGAAAAGGAAGAUCGUUGCAGGAAUCAAAGACAUUGUUGCUGGAGAACUUGUACUUGGAACAUGUCUGAGCAAAGGACAGAGUAGUCAUGGAUAUGGAGAGGACAAGAGAGAGACAGAGGAUGUGAUUCAAGAACUUCAUCAUCGAGAUAUUACAACUCAUGGAUCAGAAUGUUAAAAUGAAAACAAAAAACGAAAAGUGGGUUUGCAGAAGAAGACUCAGAUGUAAGAGAAGCAGAUGGUUGAAGAAAGAAGAAGGAGAGAGAGAGAUUAAAUAUGAAGAGAAGAAAAGUGGGGUUAGCUUUGUUGGCUA